AUGGAAGCAGCCGCGUCGCCACCAGUCGAACCGGUCGAGCUCGAGUGUCGGCUUUGCCUAGCUACGCUGAGAGAUGAAGCAGAAGGUUUGGAAGCCCAGCUGUGUUUUCCCUGCAACUGCCGAGCGCCCGUCCACCACGGAUGCUUGCUGCAGUGGCAGAGGGCGCAAGAGCAGUUCUUAGAGCAGCACAGCUUCGACGAGGCCCAAGCCCGCAUGAACACCUGUGAGGUGUGUGGUGCGAGGUUGAUGCUCGGAGAGGCCCGGCCAAAGCCCCAGCUUGGCGCUGCAGUUUGCCGAGCUCAGGGCGGUACCGGCAAAGUAGCCCUCCGCCGAAUACCGACCUUGUCGCGCGCGACUCGAAAUUUCUCUGACUUCUCUGCUGCAGAUGGACAGAAGCUUGAUGUGCUGGAGCAAGAUGCCACCGGAGAGUUCUUCCGUGUACGCGCUGUGCGGGCGGCGCGGUACCGGGGAGAAGGCAUCACUGCAGUUGCAGAAGGCUGGAUUCGUCAUGUGUAUUUGGACUGGCAGUGUGAGUCUACACAGACUCAGUCGUGGCUGCCUCCACCCCGGAUGCCCCCAGCAUUUCCCGGAGAAGGCGCGGAGCGCGUGGAGGCCCUCAGUGCAGCUGAGACUGCUCCGGACAGCACGUUGCGGGAUCACGACGAGAGGUGA